CUAAUAUUACAUUUAAGCUUAACUAUUUCACAAAUAUAGGCAAGAAGCAACGAGAAUUCGGCAAAUCGAGCUAAGUUGAAGAUGCCUCAUCAUAUUGGUAGCAAGCCUAUUCGAGAGGUUAUUUAUCAAAAGGGCGGGAAAUAUGGCAAUCCACUAGAUUUGGGGACUAUUUUCUUUGAGACUCGUAAGAAAGAUAACAAGCUUGUUGAACCCGAAGCAAUUGAAAAACAUAUCAAAGAAAUGGUUCAAUCGGAGCCCUCUCUAUCUAGUAUAGAGAUUGUAGAAAAAUGUUGUGGACCUCAAACUCGUAGCCAUGUAUUUGGAUUUGGGGGUGGAGUAAAGGCAAAAGACUUGAAAGGUGGAACUUCUUCAAAGGCUGAAUUAUUGUCUGCGCUACGUUCGACUCAAGAGGAAAACAAAUCCUUGAAUGAGACAAACAAGUCCUUGAAUGAUCGCUUGUCUGCCUUAGAAGAUGAGAUGAAAGAAAUUAAGAAAAUGAAAGAAUUAUUUGCUGCUCAACGAUCAUUUGUCCUGCAUACGACAUCGCCCGUUUCAUCCGAAUGACCACUGAUUUUGUCUGCUAACCAAGUUAGUAAUACUACACUCGACUUUUGAUUUUAUUU